AUGUCGGCGGAGUUACCUAUAAAGGACCAGAGCCUUUAUCCAGCGGAGUAUAUGGGAUGGAUUCCCGAAAAGUAUUCGUAUCGUAAAAUUAAGCUUCAUUGUCUUUCUUCUUUUUCUACAACGUUUUAGUCUGUCUUGGAAGCAACAUUAAAAUAGAUAAUGAUCAAAAAACAACUAAAGCACGAACUAUACUAUUUCAGAGCAAACUGGUAAGGGGUACAAUUUUCAAUUUUCCAUUGAAAUAGACGGCGUUACCAAAAAGGCAGCUCAGAUAUAUUUGCAGCUGUAAACCCUCUCUCUAGAAACAUUCUACACAUUACUUUGGUUGACACCAAGCCAACGUUUAUUACAUUACAAGAUCAAGUUCAUUUGAUCUCAAGGCACAUGUCCAAAAUCAAAACUCUCAAACUGGAGCUACUGUUGACUCCAGUGGUAUCUACGCUACAGCCUGGUUAGAGCAUGGUUCAACGACUGCGAAAUACGGGUAC